ACAAUGUAAUGCAUAAUGCCCACUAUCCAUCAGCAGCAUGUGCAUUAGAGGCUGUAUAUGACAGUUUAUUUGUUCAGUGAUUCUAGAUCAUGGACACCAACUUUGCAGGUCCUUUGUUAGCAGAUUUUGAUUUAAAAAAAAAAAACACACACACAAAACCUUUCAGUCUGGCUUGUUGACAGGAACUUCCUACCAAGAGGUACACAGAAAAGCAACUACAACCUUCCUAUCCAUUGUGUAGAGAAGAGCUUUUGUGAAUCCUGUACUGACUGAAAUGAUUCCAAGAUCCAAGAAAUUGAAGUUAGAGGAUCUAAACCAGGAAACAGACUGCAGGGAGAAAGCAGAGAUGCUAAAAAUGUGUGUUACAAAUGUGGGAACAGAGCAGUGCUGUGGGGAACACAGACGGAGACUGGAGUUGUUCUGUCAAGAGGAUGAGACAUUUAUCUGUACAAUGUGUGUUCCCAGACAUUCCAGGCACAGUUUUGUGCUCCUGCAUGAGGCAAUCAGUGGGUAUAAGGACAAACUGAAAAUUGAUUUAACAUCUCUGGAGUUCAGAGUGAAACAUUUUAAACAUUUGCAAAUCAAAAAGGAGAAAGAAAUUGCAGACAUACAGGAAGAUGUGUUUUCUUUGGAACAAUACAUUUCACAAGAAUUUGCAAAACUGCACCAGUUUCUGCAAGACAAGGAGCAAAAACUCAUCCAGCAGCUUAAGAAUGAAGCAUCAAACAUUCUGAAAGAAAUGGAAGAUGAUCUUGAAUGCACUGAAUAUGAUGCUAUAUCCUCCCACGUUGUAGUGUCCAGUGCUAACUCUGAUCUUAAGAAUAACUGGGCAGAAGUUCUAAAAGACAAGAAAGACACACAUGUACCCAUUCAAGCUAAUAUUAUGCCCACUAUCAAGACGCUCUCUGAUAAUCAUUUAGAGAUCAGACAACAUAAAGCUGUUGGUUUGCUUACGGUACCAGAAACCUUUGAGGAUGUUGCUAUUACUUUUACUGAAGAGGAAUGGAAGAUGUUAAGAAAACAAGAUAAGGAGCUUCACAGAGAAGUGAUGGUACAAAAUUAUGAAGCCUUGGUUUCAAUAGGAGUCAAAAUCCCUCCAGAGAAAUUAUUACUCCUAGUAAAAGAAGGCAAUUAUAUGAGAAAAACCUGCACAGAACAGAAGUGUAAUUGUGAUGCCAGCUUCCACUGUACCAGAACCACAGAAUGCAGUGCAAGUUACAGUCAGCAGCCGUCACAUGGGACACCCUGGUCACUUUAUCCAGAUAACUUACAACAGUGUGCUCAGCCUGUGGAAGACAGUAAGAAGACUGAUCUCACUCCUGUACCACUGCUUCAGUCAGUACACAAUGGUAAGACACCCAGUUGUGGAGAUGGAACACCCAUAUUACCUCACCCUAUAGAGAGCCUACAGCAGUGUGCAAAGCCUGCGAAGGGCUGUAAGAAGUCUCAUUUCACUCAUACGCCACAGCCUCUCUCAGGGUGUGACUACAGCAAGAGUCCUGACUGUGAUGCAGGUCAGGGAGGACACAGAGAGAAGAAACUAUAUAAAUGUACGGAAUGCAGUAAGGGCUUCACAAGGCUGUGGAGUCUUCAACGGCAUUAUGCCAUUCACACAAACAUGAAGCCAUAUAAAUGUGCUGAAUACAGUAAAUGCUUUAUAAGUAAGUCAAAUCUAAAAUCCCAUCAGAGCUGUCACAUGGGACAGAAGGUUGUGGAGAAAAUAAAAAACACAGAACAGAAGGAUAAUCUUGAAGACAACCUUCACAGUGCCAGCAGCAUAGAACACAGUACUAAUUGUGGUCAGCAGCCAUUGCUUGGGGGGUCUCACUUGCAUUAUCCUAGAAAGUACCUGCAGCUGUGUGCUGACCCUAUGAAUGGAUAUGACAAGUGUCACCUCACUUCUGUACCACAGAUUCACACAGGACAUAACUGCAGCAAAAGCUAUGAAUGUGACAACAGAGCAUCUCCAUUACAUCACUUGUCAGAGAAUGUGCAGCAAUGUGCUCCAGCUGUUAAGGACACUGACAUGCUUCAUCUCACAUUUGUGCCACAGCUUCAUGCAGAACAUAACUAUAGCAAGGGCUGUGAAUGUGAGCACACAACAUCCCCAUUGCAUCAUCUGGCAGACAACGUGCAGCAUUGUGCAUCAACUGUGGUGGGCUGUGAUGUGCUUCAGCUCUCUCCUUUACCACAGCUGCACUCAGGACAUAACUAUUCAGAGAAUUUUGAGUCGGACACAAGUCAGAGCACUCAUUCAGAGAAGAAACUGUAUACAUGUACCAAAUGCAGAAAGUGUUUCACACGUCUCAGUACUUUUCAAAGACAUUGUACCACUCAUACAGUGGAGAAGUAUAAAUGUGCUGAAUGCAAUAAGUGCUUUAAGCAUCUCCGCAGACUUCAGCAGCAUCGUACCAUUCACAUGGGUAAGAGAAACCAGAAAGACUUGAAGAAAUUAAAUUGCGAGAAAGCAUAUAAAUGCAUGGAAUGCAGUAAGUGCUUCACACGUCUCAACAGCCUUCAUCUGCAUCUCACUGUUCACACGGGUGAGAAACCAUAUAAAUGCAUGGAAUGCAAUAAGAAUUUCAGACUGAUCGACAGUCUUCGACGGCAUAAGACCAUCCACAUGAGUGAAAAAGCAUAUAAAUGCAUGGAAUGUGGUAAGUGUUUCAGUGACCCCAGCAGGCUUCGACAGCAUGAGGCCAUCCACACGGAUGAGAAACCAUAUAAAUGUACUGAAUGCAGUAAAUGUUUUAGAGUAAAGAGUAUGUUAAAAUGCCAUCAGCUGUCUCACACAGGAUUGAAAUCAUACAGGUGUGCUGAAUGCAGUAAGUGUUUCUCACGUCUUGGCAGCCUUCAACAGCAUUAUACCAUUCACACGGGUGAGAAGCCAUAUAAAUGUAAUGAAUGCAAUAAGAGUUUUAGAGUAAAGUGCCUGUUAAAAUACCAUCAGCUCUCUCACACAGGAGACUUGGAGAAAUUAAAGAGAGAGAAAUUAAAAGCAGAGAAAUCAUACAAAUGUGCUGAAUGCAGUAAGUGCUUCACACGUCUAAGCAGCCUUCAACAGCAUCGUACCAUUCACACGGGUGAGAAGCCCUAUAAAUGUACUGAAUGCAAUAAGAGUUUUAGAGUUAAGAGCCUGUUAAAAUACCAUCAGCGCUCUCACACUGGAGACAGUAGGUCCGAAUGGAGAGAUAAGUCAGCAAGCAAAGGAGAGUAAUAUUGCUGGA